AAUGGCGGAUAGGUUCUCCCGCUUCAACGAGGACAGGGACUUCCAGGGCAAUCACUUUGAUCAAUAUGAAGAAGGGCACCUGGAGAUAGAGCAAGCGUCUCUAGACAAGCCUAUAGAAUCGCCCAGUUUUUAAAGCCAGGAUAAUAUUGGACACCGCUUACUCCAGAAACAUGGGUGGAAGCUGGGCCAGGGAUUGGGGAAGUCACUGCAGGUCUGAAGACCGGGGAGCUUGUAAUUGGACUUCCUGCCCCUACAGUGAGCCCGUUAGAGAUGAGUGUUUCUGUGCUGAGGAGACUGGCGAGAGGGAGGACAGAUCCCAUCCCUAUUGUUGUCAAAUAUGAUGUCAUGGGCAUGGGACGGAUGGAGAUGGAGCUCGACUACGCCGAAGAUGCCACUGAGCGGAGGCGGGUACUGGAGGUGGAGAAAGAAGACACCGAGGAGCUGAGGCAGAAAUACAAGGAUUAUGUUGAUAAGGAGAAGGCGAUCGCCAAGGCUUUGGAAGACCUCCGAGCCAACUUCUACUGUGAACUCUGUGACAAGCAGUACCAGAAGCAUCAAGAGUUUGACAACCACAUCAACUCCUACGAUCACGCUCACAAGCAGGAAGGAACUCAGGAUUAUUGCGAAACAGGGAUGAUAGCUGGUGUGUUGAAAGCAAACCCUUCUAAUUUUGGAGGCCAGAUCACAAGAAGGUUGAAAGAUCUCAAGCAAAGAGAAUUUGCUCGCAAUGUCUCUUCAAGAUCACGUAAAGAUGAAAGGAAGCAGGAGAAAGCCCUCCGGCGUCUACACGAGCUGGCUGAGCAGAGGAGACAGCCCGAAUGCGCUCCUGGAAGCGGACCCAUGUUCAGAACCACCACAGUGGCAGUGGAUGAGGAAGGUGGAGAUGAUGACGAUUCUGCAGCCAACAGCAGCUCUUUUAUCCAGACAACUUCUGGCCAAGCUACAGAGAUGGACAGAGCGUUACUAAACACCGGGCAAGCUGGCAGUGCUGUUACGCCAGGCCAAAUGCACACCCAGAGCGCGCAGGCCAUCAGCUUUGGCAUCAAGAGCACAUUGGGAACUCCACUGCAGAAGAUAGGUGUGUCGUUUUCAUUUGCCAAGAAGACUCCGGUGAAGCUUGAGACUAUAGCUUCUGUUUUCAAGGACCACGUGGAAGAACCGAGCUCUACAGAUGGAGCAAAAGCUGAUGAGAAAGGCUCCUCAGAUGUAGGGAGCCUGCAGAAAUCUGGUGAGGGUGAAAGCACAGGUAAUUCUGAUGGCAAGGCAGAGGAGGACGACCAACAUGACAAAGACAGCAGUUCUCUAGCCACAACGUUAUCUAAACUAAAGAAGAUGAGACGAGAAGAUGGAGCAAUGGCAGUUGAACCAGAGUACUAUCACUAUAUUCCCCCAGCACAUUGUAAGGUGAAGCCUAAUUUUCAAUUUCUGCUUUUCAUGAAGUCUACAGAACAAAUGGAAGCUGAAAAUGUGAACAAAAAAAACACUCAUGAAGUUAAAAAGGGCACUUCUCCAAAACCCAAACCUGGCAAGCACACAGAGAAGGCUGCCGAGAGCACAGGGCAGCAGAAGGAGCAGAGCGCUACUGAAACUGCAACUCAGCAGAGCAAAACAGAGGUAAAAGGAGGCCUAGAAAAUACAACUGUACAGGAGAGCAAGCACCUUACUGAGAGCAGCCCCCCCAAUCCAGACCCCACUAAAGAAGUCGCUCAGCCUGCCCCAAGCUGUAAAGAUGUUGCUGAAGGACCAAAGCAUCCGACAGGACCCUUUUUUCCCGUUCUGAGUAAGGACGAGAGCACGACUCUCCAGUGGCCUUCAGAGCUCCUUAUAUUUACCAAAGCAGAACCAUCGGUUUCGUACAGUUGUAACCCCCUGUAUUUUGAUUUCAAGCUCUCUCGCAACAAAGAGGCUAAAGGUAAAGGGACAGAGAAAUCGAAGGAUCCGGGGAGUCUUUGUAAAGAAAACGUUCAGGGCACAGACUCUGGCGAGGUGAGCAAAGCCAAUGAAGCAGAAAGCAUAGCCAACAGUUCUGCUCUGAAAAUGGAAAGCAAAUCCCUGUCUAGCUGUGGCUCCCAGAACAAGCAGGAGUCCAGUUUGACAAACGUUGGUAAGGGUGAGGGAGAGGAUGGUGGUAAAAGCACAACCGGCAAGAGUAAAUCUGGGAGAUCUCAUAAACACAAAAAGAAAAAGAAGCACAAAAAGUCCAGCAAACACAAACGGAAACACAAGGAGGAAACUGAGGAGAAGGGCCGGAAAACUGACCUGGGGGAAGAGAAACCCAAGAAACGGAAAAGGCACAGACACAAAAAAGGCAAAUCCUGUCUUUCGAAUGAAUCAGAACGAUUGCUAAAACCUGAGCUGUCUGAAGAUUGUAGCCGCUUCCAGAAGAAGAAGCGGUUCUCCCAGGAGCCCCAGAGGAAGUCUCUGUCUGCUGAAGAGGGAAGCAGCAGUAAAAAAGAGGAUGGCAGUAACUCCUGCCAAGAGCAUGGUAGCAAAAGGCACAAGGCCGAUGUGCUGCAGGGACCUGCCUCGAGGAGACAGUGUUUGGCUGCCUCCCUGGGCAGGCCCGGCCACAGGAGCCGGCAGAGCAGCGGGGACUAUGACAGCGACGAGGGCUCACACAGGAAGCACUGCCAGCAGAAAUCCCCGUCACAGUACAGCGAUGACUAUGACUCCGGCAGCGACCACUCCAGGAGCCGCUCCAGGUCGGGGCGGACGCACUCCUCUCGCAGGUCCUAUUCAACAAGCUCUGAUGCCUCCUCGGACCACAGCCGGUACAGCCGUCGCAGAAGUUACUCGGAUGACAGCUACAGCGAUUACAGUGACCGGUCAAGAUGCCAUUCAAAGCGAUCCCACGACUCCGAGGAUGACUCCGACUACAACAGCUCCAAUCGCAGGUCAAAGCGGCGCAAGUACUCCUCUUCAGAAGAUGACUAUAGCUCCAGUCGGAGCAGGUCAAGGAGUCGGAGCAGGAGCCGAACGCAUCCUCGAGGUAGGUCAAGAACAAGGAGCCGGGGCAGAACUCGCAGCAGCAGCUGCAGCCGCAGUCGAAGCAAGAGGAGAAGCCGAAGUGUAACAGGUCAUAGCUGGAAACGGAGCCGCAGCUACAGCAGGGAUCGCAGCCGCAGCACCAGGAGCCACUCGCAGAGGUCUCUCUCGCGAAAGGGCUCUCGAGGCCACGAGAGCCCCGAAGAGAGGAGGUCUGGGAGAAGAGACUUCAUCAGGUCCAAAAUUUAUCGUUCGCAAUCUCCUCACUAUUUCCGGACGGGCCGAGGUGAAGGAUCAUCUCUGAAGAAAGAGGAUGGCAAAGGAGAGGAUCUGAAAGGAUCUGGCUCGCUCUCCCAAAACAGCAGCAGCUCUGGCACGGGGAGGGCCUCAGAAGGUGACUGCAGUCCAGAGGAGAGAAACUCCGUCACUGCAAAGCUACUCCUGGAAAAGGUUCAAUCCAGGAAGGUUGAGAAGAAGCCCUGCGUCACUGAUGAGAUGCUGGCAGGGGCAAACAAGGUGGGCAUAAAGCUCAAAGAUCCUCCCCAGGGCUACUUUGGCCCCAAACUUCCUCCUUCCUUAGGCAACAAACCGGUUCUCCCCUUAAUUGGGAAAUUGCCAACUGUUCGAAAACCAAAUGCCAAAAGAUAUGAAGAGUCUGGCUUGGAUAGAGGUGAGGAGCAAGAGCUGUCGGAUUCUGAGGAUGCUUCCCAAGGCAUUGAGGAGGCGCAGUUGGCUGGCCAGUCACUCCUGGAAGAUGUGGUGAUGGCGAUGCAGGACAAACCUCUGGAUGAGCAAAAACGUGAUGAGCCUGCUGUGGAAAUGCCAUCCAUUCCCCUUGAAGCACCAACGCUCCCCGAGUGCUUCAGUUCUGGAGAUCUGGUCAUGCCACACAACUUCCUCUCGGAUCCAAGCGAUGGUGAUGGGCUGGAACCUAUGGAUGGGGGCAGCCAGCCGGUCCCAGUAGAAACCAGUAUGAUGCCCUUAGUUCCAGAUGUCGAGCACUUUCCUGGCUACGUGCCUCAGAGUGGGGAGCCGAGCAUCGAAGGGGAUCGGGACGGAGAAGACUCCUCUCUAGCGCCGCUGGAGAGCCAGCCGAUCACUUUUACACCCGAAGAGAUGGAGAAGUACAGCAAACUGCAGCAGGCUGCUCAGCAGCACAUUCAGCAGCAGCUUCUGGCAAAGCAAGUCAAGGCUUUUCCCACCUCGGCGGCCCUGGCGCCAGCAGCGCCUGCCCUGCAGCCCAUCCACAUCCAGCAGCCAGCAGCGGCCUCUGCCACCUCCAUCACCACGGUGCAGCACGCCAUCCUGCAGCACCACGCCGCCGCGGCUGCCGCAGCUAUCGGCAUCCAUCCUCACCCACAUCCCCAGCCCCUUGCUCAGGUUCAUCACAUCCCCCAGCCCCACUUGACGCCUAUCUCCUUGUCCCACUUGACCCACUCGAUUAUUCCAGGGCACCCCGCCACCUUCCUAGCCAGCCACCCCAUCCACAUCAUUCCGGCAUCUGCAAUCCAUCCAGGCCCCUUCACUUUCCACCCGGUUCCUCAUGCUCUUUAUCCGACCCUCCUCGCUCCUCGCCCUGCUGCCGCUGCAGCUGCCACGGCGUUGCAUCUUCACCCGUUGCUGCACCCCAUUUUCUCAGGACAGGACUUGCAGCACCCGCCCAGUCACGGCACAUGAAGGACACAAUAAAGAAACCUUUGGAGGGAAGAGGAUAUUUUGCAUUUUAGGAAGAGAUUGAAUUCGAUCCAGCUGGGAGGUGAGGCUUGGGAAUUUCCUUUCACUCUUCAGCAGCCGAAGAAGCUGAAGACUGGAGGACUGGGUCGGUUUGUAAGUGUCGUGUAUAUCCGCUUCCAGGGCCUCCCGCAUCCCCGGCUCCUCCGUGCACGUAGCAGCACUCUGUCCUUCCAGAACCAUUUCACGUGUAGAGCAGUGAGACACUCGGGGAGGCUGCUUUUCCAUGGAUUCUUACACUUGGUCAUCUUCCUUCUGCUGCCUUGUAUAUGAUAAAUGAAAUUUCAUACACACUAAUAGGUUGCUAAAAAUCCUUUUAAUGGGGUCAUCUAAUUAAAAUAGUCAGCAUGAUUGAAUCCGGCUUGUAAUCGGCGAUAAAACAUUCAGUAACUGGCAGCUGUGGAUCCCGGCAGGAGACGGAUGGAAGGGCCACUACUGGUUUUCAGGCGUUACAGGGGAUCUUUGGCUCCCUGUUGCUGCACACUUGGGGGUUUUUCUUGCUGUGAGCAGCAAGGGUGGAAGAUCUUACCAAGGAGCCGUGUGUGUCCCAGAGCUCCGACCCUUCUCCAUCCUGCGUCAGCAUUCUCCUGCGCAAGCACUGCACCUUCCACGUGUCCUGGAGUGGGGGAGUUUCUUGGUUUGGGGUCGGUGAUUUCAGUCUGGGCUUUGACCACUCUUCUCCUGGCAAGGGGGAAUAAUAUCACUCUGACUUCCAUCUCCUGCGACGCUGGGAGAGAGGCACUCGAGUGAGCAAGAGAGGGAAAAUCCCUUUAGGAAUCGAAGCAAUACAGAGGAGUUGGAGCGGCUGGGUAUGUAAAGCAUCUUCUUUCCUCUGUGAUACCGAUGGUUUCCUUAUUAAUUUAUAGGUUUUGGGAUUGUUGGUUUUUUUUAAAUGUAAAGAAUUGCACUGAACUCUGUAAACAAAGAUGCUGCUUUUUGUAGCUCAUUUACAAAGGUUACAUUUGUAGUAUACUGCAAUAAUAUUUUUUACAGCUGGUUCUCUCCGUGGUACUCGUCCUGGUGGCUUCUGUGUAAAUAUGUUUGCUGUAGGUGAGACAAAACACUUGUAAAGGUUCAACUUUAUAGUUUCAGCUAGAUGCAAAAUGACUUGGCAUGUAUAUUUUAUCAAGCUCAUGUAUUUUUGAAAUUUUUAUGUACUAUAAAAUGUAAAAAAAGAGAGAAGAAUUUUCAUUUUGCAGAAGAGAAAACCAUGUGCGUCUCGGGCUCAGCGAAGCCGAGGCUCUGCCAGUGACAGAACAGCAUAGUGCUGGAGCGCAGGGUGGUUUGCCAAGGAGCUGCCUCUAGGAAUCAGCGCUGGAGGCAGGAAUUUGGGAUGCCUCCCAGAGGAUAAAAUCCCCCUUUUGUUUUCUUUUCUCCCCCUGGGUUCAAAGCAGUGAUUUGCAGGUGCCUGCCCGGCUGUGCGCUCCUUACGGUCUCCUGGUGAAGGAAGAGCCUUCCAGCUGUAACCGUUUGUCGUUGUGUCAGGGAGAGAUGGCUCAGGAUGGAUCCCUCGAGGCUGUGCCUGCCCGCAAUGCUCCGUGAGGGCGGGCUCUGCCCAUCCUGCUUCGUAAGGGAUGGCUGUUGUUUCAGAUAACACUAACCCUGGGAGGCUGCUCCAUCCACGAGCUCUUCCCUUCGCUCCAGGACAAGUCGCUGCUGUCCUUGCUGGCGUAGGUGUUCCAUCUUCAGGUCCUCCUCGGCUUAGAGCGGUUCGGGAGCACCUUAGGGUGCUGUCAGACCUGCUGCUGCCUCCUGCACCAGGCAGGAUUGUCCCCAAGGGGACGUGGACCCUGGGCUGGCUGCUUGGCCUUUCCCAUCCUCUCCCGAGACCCCGUGGGGCAGAGACUCAACGGAUCGAAAACGAGCUUCCUCACUCCUUAACAAGCAGCUUUGUGUUUGAGCAGGUCAGACUGAAACACAAUGGUCAAAAAAGGGACUCAAUUCCUCUGUAAAUAACAAAUGGAAUACAGUAUUAAUGUCUCAGUGCUGAGCUUCAUUAGCUUCUAGAUCCGAUAACGCGUGUUCUGGUGCCCUUCACGCUGCAGUCCGGGGGGGUUUGACUUCCAGAAUAAUGCUAAUAACCUGUCAUUACUUAACGAGCAUAAACAGACUGUAUUUAACUUUGUCACAUAAGAUAUAUAUAUAAAUAUAUAUAUGCUGUAAAAUGAGGGGAAAGAACCUUUCUAAUAAACGAAUGAUUU